GCCCCCCCCAAGGGGCUGGGCCAAGGUAUAAAUAGGGGUGGUGGCUGCGGCAGGCGGCAAACCCAGCCGGCUCCACCAUGCUAGCCCUGGAGGCUGCACAGCAGGACGGGCCACACUUCAGCUGUCUGUACCCAGAUGGCGUCUUCUACGACCUGGACAGCUGCAAGCACCCCAGCUACCCUGACUCAGAGGGGGCUUCUGACUCCCUGUGGGGCUGGGACCUCAGUCCAGCUGUCCCAGCCGCCUCGUAUGAAGCCUUCAACCCAGCUGUGGCCAACUUCGGCCACCCCCAGGGAGUCCAGCUCUGUUACGGACCCUCGACCUACAGCUCCAUGGGGAGCCUCGACCCGGCCCCCAGCCUAGAGGCCCCAGGGCCCAGCUUCCCAGCGUACCCCACGGAGGAAUUCACCAGCCAGACCGUGGGCCCCCCGGCAUAUGCCCCCUACCCCAGCCCUGUGCUGUCAGAGGAGGAGGAUCUCCUGCUGGACAGUCCCACCCUGGAGGUUUCAGACAGCGAGUCGGACGAGGCCCUCAUGGCUGGCCCCGAAGGGAGGGGAUCUGAGGCAGGGGCCCGCAAGAAGCUCCGCCUGUACCAGUUCCUGCUGGGGCUCCUGACGCGCGGAGACAUGCGCCACUGCGUGUGGUGGGUGGAGCCGGGCGCCGGGGUCUUCCAAUUCUCCUCCAAGCACAAGGAGCUCCUGGCGCGCCGCUGGGGCCAGCAGAAGGGCAACCGCAAGCGCAUGACCUACCAGAAGCUGGCGCGCGCCCUCCGCAACUACGCCAAGACCGGCGAGAUCCGCAAGGUCAAGCGCAAGCUCACCUACCAGUUUGACAGUGCGCUGCUGCCGGCCGCCCGCCGGGCCUGAGCCCAGUGGGGGCUGUCAGGGGCUCCACGCCUGUGUCACGUUGGCGUCCCCACACCCUAGGUCACGGCACCUGUGGAUUCCCCACACUGGGGGGAGGGGGGCUGCUAUAAUCCCUAAGCCCUGCCCAGGGCCCCUCUGGGACACCACCCCUCCCCCAUCGUGUCUGGGGCCCCUCUGGGAUUUCCUUGUCAUGUCCAGGAUCCCCAGGAUCCUCGUGUCUGGGUUAUGCGACACAUAGAGGACCAUACUGUGUGUCUGUGUGGAGGGGAGGGGCAGGACUGUCAUUCCAGAUUCCCAAGAGCUUCUCUGGGAUCCCCUUGUGGUGUCUGAGAUCCUCCAACCAAGCCUGGGACCCCUCUGAGCUCCCUUGUGUGUCUGAGAUCCCUUAAUCUCAUCUGGGAAGGGAGAGCCCACGGAUGGUCACACAGGGAGGGGGGUGCCUUGUCGAGGGUCUCUCUGGGAUCCCUUUCUCAUGCCUGAGUCCCUCUUGUCAGAUCUGAGAUCUCCUACUUAGGUCUGGGGGCCUUGCGGAAACCCUUCAUCAAGUCUCAGAUCUCUAUGCCCAUCUGUGACUCUCUUGUCCUACCAGUCCCCCUAAAUGAUGACCUUUGUCAUCUUGCAA